CGUUCGGCGUUCUGUGUGGUCGUGGUGGUGUGAGCCGAGGAGAAGAGAAACAACGAGAAAGACGGCCAGACGGGACGAUUCGGUCGGUUACUAACUACCUCUCAUUGUUCACGUUAAACGUUUUUCAAUUCUAUUGAAAGUUGUAAACUUAUUGAUACAAAACAAUGUCAGCCAAGGCAGUUCACAUUACGGACGAGGAGGACUUGAAGACCAAGCUGAAGGAGGCAGGGGACAACCUGGUUGUCAUUGAUUUCUUCGCCACUUGGUGCGGACCCUGCAAGAUGAUUUCUCCCAAAAUUGAGGAGAUGGCAGCAGAGAUGCAAGAUGUGGUGUUCUUGAAGGUGGAUGUAGAUGAAUGUGAGAGCAUCGCUGGAGAAUACAACGUCUCGUCCAUGCCUACCUUCGUCUUCAUCAAGAAAGGAGAACGGGUUGAUUCCUUUGCUGGAGCAAACUACGAUAAGCUGAAAGAAACUGUCACAAAGUACAAGUGAAGAUAAUUUAUUGAUAAAUUACAUUAUUGUAUUAUUUUAUUCCAAAUCAGGUUAAGCUUUCCAUGUCAAAAGUCACCAUUCAUUGUUGAAGAAAAACUAUUUAUUGUAGAUAAAAUAUUGUUUCCAGUGCUACUUUUGUAAAUCUAUAAUGUUUUGUAUAAUUAUUUUGUCACAUUAGAUUUAUGUUGGUGUUGAAAAUGUGUAAACGGUAUGCCUUAUCUAAGUUAGGUCAAACUUUUUAACAAAUGCUAUGAAACAAUAAAUAUACUGACAAAAAUGUGGAAA